AUGGAGCAGGAGGAUCAGGAGGAGCAGGAGGAUCAGGAGGAGCAGGAGGAUCAGGAGGAGCAGGAGGAUCAGGAGGAGCAGAAGCAGCAGGAGGAGGAGCAGGAAGAGGAUCAGGAGGAGGAUCAGGAGGAGCAGAGGCAGCAGGAGGAGGAGCAGGAAGAGGAUCAGGAGGAGGAUCAGGAGGAGCAGAAGCAGCAGGAGGAGGAGCAGGAAGAGGAUCAGGAGGAGGAUCAGGAGGAGCAGAGGCAGCAGGAGGAGGAGCAGGAGGAGACAGACCUGUACAUAUAUAAUAAAUGA